AUGGCUCAAUCAGUGAGACGGCCGGAGACGUUAGGAGCCGUCAAACUCAAACCUCAGGCGGAUAAAACCAGGAGCGGCUACUUCUGCAACGUGAAGAGCAGGUUAGGAUCCAAGCUGCCUGCCGGUGUUUCUCAGCCUCCACGGUUCGCUAAGCCUCCCUGGGAGAAUCAACCUCAAUCCCACAUCAUGCAGAACGCCGCGGCCGGCGCUGCGCAUAGCAAUGACCCCGUCGCCAUGGGCCGACCUCUCGACCACGUCCCCCACAUCAGGAACCCAAAGCUGAGGCAGUACUACCUGCAAGGAACUGCGUGGGAGCUCAGCACCACCGUAGCGACUGCGGAGCGCGUUGGUUUACCAGCAGAUGGCAGCACAGGUCUCCCCGGGGACACAGUGUUCAGCGUUUCGUCUACGUUCAGCAGCGAUGGAUCCUCAGGAGACAAGAGCAAAAGUUCAACGCAACUCAGCUCUGAUACCAACGUAAUAAAAGAGCUGGUCUCAAAGAGAAAGGACGCCUCUGUCAGUGGAAAAUCCUCUCAGCUAGAACUGGGCUGCGGGUCGAAGGAGAAACUGGAGGCAGAUGCAGAUCAGGACUGUUUGGAUUCGCUCCUGGCUCAGACUCCGUCUCCCUCACCGGAGGCUGAAUAUGACAGACUUCUUGAUGUGGAGGCGGUGCCGCUGCCAGAUGGGCACCUCUGCCUUCUGGCUCUCCCUCCGGAGUGCUGCCAGGGCGAGCGCCCGGCCGCCAUGUUGUAUCUCAAACUGUUCUGCCGUUACAUCACCGACGGAAAGGGUGUGGUUUCUGGUAUCCUGGUGGUGACGCCCACUAAAAUCUUCUUCGACCCGUCCAAAACCCAUCCGCUGGUGACGGAGCACGGCUGCGAGGAUUACCUUCUGUCUUGCGCUGUUGACAGUUUGGCGUCCGUCUCUUUCUUCUCUGACGUUUCACACGUUCACUUCAGCGCCUCCCAGCAGAGGACGAGGCAGGACAGCAGAGACACGGACCAUGUGGACGGGGGGCUGGACGGCGGCUCGCUCAGGGUGCUGACCGAGGAUCCUGUGGGCGGCCUGGCCGUCCUGAGCAGCGCCGCCACUUUCUGCUGCGGCGGACCCGAGGGCACGGAGAAAUCCUCUGAGAAGAGUCAGACUGAAGCUCCUCGAAGGCCGUCGGCGGGAAGCCUCGGGGGUUUGAUGUUCGUGCGACUGCGGGUUCAGUCGCCUGCAGGGAAGAAGAGGUCAGCUAAAACUUUACCCAGGAGGGACACCUGGCUCGCUCUGACACAAGAAAGCUCCGACGAGCUGCGCUCCUUCCUGAAGCUUCACCGGCCAGACCUGCGUCUCCUGGACGAGGAAGAGGAGCCAGACCACGAUGAAGAAGAGUUCGUUCUCAUAGAGGACAAAGGAGAGGAGGAUGCAGAGAUGUUUCAGACGCUGCGCGGCUCCGCAGACGACUGGGAGAUGGUGUUGAUGGAGGAGAAUAAAGACAAGCUGUGCGCAGUGAUCGACAGGGAACCCGAAGGGGUCGGUGACGUCGUGGAGAACAGCCACGUUCUGCAGGUUUCACAUGUCAGAGAGCUGUGUAAGGAGCUUCCCGCCAGGACGGUGGGCCGCGCCUGGCAGCUGGCGUACAGCACAGUCCGGCAUGGCGCCAGCCUCAAGUGUCUCUACAGGAAGCUCAGCAGCACCGACUCUCCUGUGCUGAUUGUCAUAAAAGAUUCUCUGGAUGAGCUUUUUGGGGCCUUCCUGUCUGAUCCUCUGAAACCCAGUGAGAAGUUUUACGGUACUGGAGAAACCUUCCUGUUCAUGUUGCAUCCUCGUUUUAAGAGCUUCAGGUGGACAGGAGAAAACUCCUUCUUCAUUAAAGGAGACUUGGACUGCUUCGCUGUUGGCGGUGGAAGCGGUCACUUCGGGCUGUGGGUCGAUGAGAACCUGUAUCUGGGCCGCAGCAGUCCGUGCUACACCUUCAACAACUGCUGCCUCUCUGAAACCGACGAUUUCCGCAUCAUGGAGCUGGAGGUGUGGACAUUCAGCUGAGGACACGGCUAAUUGCUCGUCUAUAUCGAUCACAUCUAUAUAGAUGUAUAUUACUAGACUGUCCUCAGCCAAACUGAGUGCUCUUAAUGUAAAUUAGCAUCCUCAUAUUGUUUUAUAAUUGAACAUUAACACGUGUAAAUACAAUCCUGCCUUCUUAAUGCAUGACUAAUGUUAAAAUACGUACGAGAUCUGAGGAGUUCAUCUGCUCUUCAUCAUCAUAUCUGCGGUUUUUCGUCCAGCUGGAACGGAGACGAUACGUUUUUCUGUUCUACGGUAAAACGCUGUAGAAACUGGAGGACGAGCGUCAUCACUGCUGCUCAAGAUUCUGACCGAUCUACCUGACUUACAUCAUUCAGUGGAUUAAUUCAUGGAAAUCUGCACAAUGUGAAUUUGAAUGGUUGUUCAAUGGAUCUACACGGCUGGUAAAACGUUUGCUUUGACUCGUCAUCACCUGCAGACGCCAUUUUGUUCAAAUUUCCUUUUUUAAGUUGGAGUGAUUAUAUACGAUGAAGUAUUACAGCCAUACUAAUAAAAUAAAAACUAAAAAAUUUAAUUUAUGAGAAUAAAUUCAUAGUACUAUGGCUUUACUAUCAAUACUAUGAAUAAAGUACUAAAUUAGUUUAUUAUUUCAAUCGAUUAACGAUUCAUCUAUUCAUAAUACUAUGAAUAAAGUCGUAAUAUGAGAAUAAAGUCAUAUUUUGAAAAUAGUCUUAUUACAAAAAUGAACUCAAACUUGAAAUUCAAGACCAAUCAUGACUUUAUUCUCAUGACUGUUUUAUAUUGCAACUUUAUUCUUGUAUUAUUUUGACUUUAUUUUCAGUUUACUUUUAAUAUUAAGAGGCCGUUGGAAACAAAUUACGAGACUCGACCCUCAUAUUUUUAUUUUCUUAGCGUGGCCCUAAUGCGCCAUCACAAUUAUAUAAAACAAUUGGGUUUUUAAAGGCAAAAUUUAAUUCACAGCUUUGAAUUUAUUGAUAAUUUUCUCUACUCUAAACUCUACCUCCUAUUAUUUGGUUAAACAUUUCUUAUCCAGCUCCAGAGAAACCACACUUUUGCAUGCCAUCCAUAAAUCUGGAUGGGAUAUUUGACUUCCCCUUUUUUAAUGCUUAUGACCAGAACUGUUUAUUAGAUUAAGGAGAAAAAAGACUUAAUUUGUACAGAAAAAAUUUGUAUUUAUUAUGGAAAAAUGGCACCAAUAGUUCAGGGAAUAACUUGUUUCUCCAAAAGGCUUUGUACAGGAAACUGAAAUGACCUGGUUAAAGUUCUGGAAAGUUUGUAGUAACCAACUUGUUCUAUACUCAAAUGUAAAUUAAUGACGUAACUGAGGCAUAAGAUGAAAACAAAAAAGUUUCUUGUCUAAUACAGUAAAACAGGCUCUAUACCCAAAACAUCUUUACAGUUAAAACAUCAGUUUUGUCUCCUGUAAAUAUGAAGCAAGUGGAAUAAAUGUGAAACAAUG